AUGCAGCUGCUCAGGGUCCUCUGCCUCCUCUGGAUGCUCAGGGUCUCCCUGGGGGCCACAGGAGCUUCAGCCAUGGCCACAUCCACCUCUAAUGCGCUUUUGCACGCUGCUCUCAGCAACUCCCCACACUCUCAAGGCACAGCAAGGCGGCUACUGAGUACCUCCAAAACUUCUCCCACUCCUGAUAGCAGGGAACACACACCUAUGACUAUCACCACCUCCCCCCACUUGAAAUCCAUUUCUGAAACAUUGCUCAAAUCGCCAAUCAAUUCCAACACCUCAACAAUCCCCAUGUCCAAGUUUGUCUUCAAGGUUGAGACCACUCCACCUACUAUGAUUGUCUAUAUGGGCACGACAGAGUGCAUCAAUCCAACGAACUUUGUAAUCACCACCACUUACCCCACCACCACCUGCAUGACACAGACCCAAGUGUCCCUCACCAGCUCUUACACCACCACGCCUGUGACAGAGAAGCCACGGACAACCAUUACCAGUACUUAUCCCGUGACAACUACCAAGAGAGUCACCUCAGCCAUGACCAAUUCUCCCAGUACCACCACUCCGGGGAAAUCUCCCACAACCACGACCCCGCCCUCUUCCUUUGUCCCAACAACCCACACAACCCUAGACACUCCGAUCUCCUCUGUGACCGGUACCACACAAAGGGCUAUCUCAACCGCUGCAAGUACCCACGCAACCCAGUCUCCGACCCCAACAAUCGUGUCUACCUCUGCUACUACCCCUUCUCUAACUACUAGGAACACCUUGUUAACCACACUCAGCACCACCUCACCCCCCACCCAUAGCACCUUGAUUACAACCAUCACUUCAUUUCCAGACAUGUCUUCUCCACCUGCCCAGAGCACAGAAGCAGUCCUGACUACAACCACAAACACUACCUCACUAUCACCUUUGAUUACCACAAUCCCUACUACCAAGGCUACAUCCACCCUUCCAUUUCCAACUAGGUGCUACCACACACCUGGUAACCACGCCCAUGCCAACAACACCCCAAAGCCCUCCAGUCGUCAGCUCUUCAACCACCUCCACGACAGGGAGCAGAAUCACAUCUGCAUUCCCGUCAUCCCUCCCUACCUCUGCUAUGGUGCAGACGGCCACAACUAUACCUCCAUCCUCUGGAAGUACUCCAGCCCCUACUGA